AUGGAGGCCCUGGGUAGGGCGCGGCCAGACCUGACUCAGACCCAGUCCGAGAUCACACCUUGCUCCCAGCCACCUACCCUCUGGGCCAGGCGGUUUGGGGACUGCGCCCAAAGCCAUCCAGCGACUCCCGCCAGCUCCCCAGCCCCCACCCGCUCUCUCCUCGCUCUUGCCGGGUUCUCGAGGCGCCUCGUGCCUGUUCUCGGCCGGGCGCGUCGUCUCCACAGGCUACUCGCCCUCACCUGCUUCUGGCACGCGGGCCAGACCCGGCCGGCCCCUCCCCGCCUAGGACGGCGGACCCACGCUCAACAACUGGACCGAGCAUCUUUCCACGAGCGCUUCGGAGCGACCAUUUAUAAGGCCCAAGUCCCCCUGGGCCGGCGUACUGUUGAUCCUGACGGCGAGCUCUCAGAAUCCUGGGAAGUUUGGCGUCUUCGAAGGCGGCGGAGCCGGAGCGCCUCAGAGGAUUCCCGAGGCCCGUUGAGCCCGCGGAGUUUACCUCCGCCGGCUGACGCGUCAGCCUUCGCCUCGCGCGCUGGCCUCGGGCUUCACGGAAAUGAAAACAAGCCAAGAGUAAAACAAAAGCAGUACAAAUCCCCAAAUCAAAACAGCUACAAUCAAAUUCAAGGAAAGCAAAGCACCAGUGUCCAUGCUGUAAAAGAAGCUCCCAAAAUGGCUGCUGCCAGUGUCCAUGUCCCCAGGGUGAGCCACAGCUGCCUACUGCCUCUGCGAAGACUCUCCAAUUCCAGCAGCCUCAGGGUCCCUACAGGUCCUGACACCAUCUGCACUUCUGAAAGUCCAGGCCAUGCGAACUGCCUGGAGAUUGAGGAUCACUCUGGAUUUCUGGGAUACCGACGUAGAGAUGAUCUCUUCAGAUGGGACUGAAAUAUAGGCCCAAGGUUCUCGUCUUUUUCCUACUGCAACGUGAAUGAUGGGUGAUGUUCACAACCAUGCCGCUCUUUCAUGAUCUAUCCAGAUAUUGAAAAAUAUCUGAAAAUAUUUUACAGAAAAAAAAUAAGAAAGUAGUACUACCGACUUUUUCUUCUUGAUUUUUUUUU